AUGGCGGAGAAGGUGCUGGUCGUGGGCAGUGGCGGUCGGGAGCACGCUCUGGCCUGGAAGCUGGCUCAGUCUCCACACAUACAACAAGUGCUGGUCGCCCCCGGCAACGCAGGCACGGCCAACUGCGGCAAGAUCUGCAACUCUGAGGUGUCUGUGAGUAACCACAGCAUCCUGGCCCAGUUCUGUAAAGACCACCACGUGGGUCUGGUGGUGGUGGGCCCUGAGGUGCCCCUAGCAGCAGGGAUGGUGGACGACCUGACCGCUGCCGGAGUGUCCUGCUUCGGCCCCUCUGCUAAAGCCGCGCAGCUCGAGGCCAGUAAGAGCUACUCCAAAGCCUUCAUGGAGCGCCACGCCAUCCCCACGGCUCGCUACGGAUCCUUCACCGACCCAGAGGAGGCCUGCAAAUACAUCCGAACAGCGUCUUUCCCAGCUCUGGUGGUGAAGGCGAGUGGGCUGGCAGCGGGGAAGGGGGUGAUCGUGGCCAAAGACCAGGACGAGGCCUGUCAGGCAGUGAUGGACAUCAUGAAGGACGGAGAGUUUGGCUCUGCGGGGGAGACUGUGGUGGUGGAGGAGCUUCUGGAAGGAGAAGAAGUGUCUUGCCUUUGCUUCAGUGACGGCGUCUCUGUGUCCCCCAUGCCCCCGGCACAAGACCACAAGAGACUGCAGGAAGGAGACUUGGGGCCCAACACGGGCGGGAUGGGGGCCUACUGCCCCACGCCUCAGGUGAGCGCCGAGCUGCUGCAGGAGGUCAGGGCCCUGGUCCUGCAGAAGACGGUGGACGGGAUGAGGGAGGAGGGGGUGCCCUACGUGGGGGUUCUGUACGCAGGACUGAUGUUGACUAAAGACGGACCCAAAGUUUUGGAAUUCAACUGUCGGUUCGGUGAUCCAGAGUGCCAGGUGCUGAUGCCUCUGCUCAAAUCUGACCUGUAUGAAGUCAUUCUGAACACCAUCAAUGCUAAACUGGCCUCUAACGCCCCCGUGUGGCACCAGGAGAGCUCUGCAGUCACUGUGGUCAUGGCCAGUGGUGGAUACCCAGGCUCCUACAAGAAGGGAGUCCAAAUCACAGGUUUGUCCCAAGUUCAAGACAUGGGAGUGCAGGUUUUCCACGCCGGCACCGCUCUCAAAGACGACGGCAUUGUCUCGAGCGGUGGGCGGGUCCUUACGGUCACCGCUGUCCAGUCGUCGCUCGAGGCGGCUUUGGAAGCGGCCAAUAAGGGAGUGAUGGCGAUCGGCUUUCCCGGCGCCGUGUUCAGACGAGACAUCGGACACAGAGCCAUCGCCUACCUGAACCAGCACAGAGGGCUCACCUACAAGGACAGUGGCGUGGACAUAGCGGCCGGUAACAAGCUGGUGGAUCUGAUCAAGCCCAUGGCGAAGGCGACCGCCCGCUCCGGCUGCAACGCGGAGCUGGGUGGUUUCGCCGGGCUGUUUGACUUGAAGGCGGCGGGCUUUGUUGAUCCCAUCCUGGUCUCUGGCACUGAUGGAGUGGGCACUAAACUCAAGAUCGCUCAGGCCUGUCAGCAGCACGCAGGCCUCGGUCAGGACCUGGUGGCCAUGUGUGUGAAUGACGUGUUGGCUCAGGGUGCCGAGCCGCUCUUCUUCCUGGAUUACUUCUCGUGCGGCAGCCUGGACGUGGACGUAGCCGCUAAAGUGGUGGGAGGCAUCGCCAAGGCCUGCGAGAUGGCCGGCUGUGCUCUACUGGGUGGGGAAACGGCGGAGAUGCCCGGCGUGUACCCUGUGGGGGAGUACGACCUGGCCGGGUUCUGUGUGGGCGCGGUGGAGAGGGCGGCGCUGUUGCCCAGACUGGGGGACAUCGCAGACGGAGACCUGCUCAUCGGCAUCGCCUCGUCCGGGGUCCACAGCAACGGCUUCAGCCUGGUGCGCAAGGUCCUGGAGCGCACACACCUCACCUACAGCUCCCCUGCGCCCUUCGGCUCGUCAGGACAGACUCUGGGUGAGGUUCUUCUGACUCCUACAAAGAUUUACAGUCGCCUGCUUCUGCCCAUAUUGAAAAGUGGAGUGGUGAAAGCCUACGCCCACAUCACAGGGGGAGGACUCUUGGAGAAUAUCCCUCGUGUGCUGCCCCCUGGGCUGGCUGUAGAGCUUGAUGCGUCCCAUUGGAGAAUCCCGCCUGUGUUUUCGUGGCUGCACAAAGAAGGGGGUCUGAGUGAGGAGGAAAUGUCCCGCACCUUUAACUGUGGACUGGGGGCGGUGCUGGUGGUCGCCCCGCUGGACGCCCAGAGGGUCCUGCGUCAGCUGCAGGCCUAUGAAGAGGCCUGGGUGGUUGGAUCUUUGGCCAAAAAACAGCUGGGUGCUGAGAAUGUGGUUGUUCGUCAUCUGAAACGAAGCCUGUUGAACUCCGCGGGAGACAGUAGCAGUAACGUGAAGCUGGACAAAAACGGCCACAGUGACAGCAGCGCCCCACGUAUCAAGAGGAGGGUGGGGGUCCUCAUCUCAGGCACAGGCACAAACUUGCAGGCGCUGAUAGAGCAGGCCAGACGUGCCUCCAGCUCUGCAGAGAUCGUGGUGGUGAUUUCAAACAGACCUGGAGUUCAAGGACUCAAGAGGGCAGCACUGGCCGGUAUCCAGACACGGGUGGUGGACCAUAAGUUGUAUGGAAGCAGAGCAGAGUUUGAUGGGACUAUUGACCGAGUGUUGGAGGAGUUUGGGGUGGAGCUGGUGUGUCUCGCUGGCUUCAUGAGGAUUCUCACCGGGAACUUUGUCAAGAAAUGGAAUGGAAAACUGUUAAACAUCCACCCGUCAUUACUGCCUUCGUUCAAAGGGGUGAAUGCCCAGAAGCAGGCCUUGCAGGCUGGGGUGCGGGUCAGUGGCUGCACUGUCCACUUUGUAGCAGAGGAAGUGGACGCAGGAGCCAUUAUCGUCCAGGAGGCUGUGCCAGUGCUGAGCAGCGACACGGAGGACAGUCUGUGCGACCGCAUUCGGGAGGCUGAACACAGAGCCUUUCCUGCUGCGAUGGAGCUGGUGGCCAGUGGCUCCGUGAAGCUGCGAGACGACGGACACAUCACCUGGAACACAUGA